AGGCUCUGUGAGUGCCACACAGUGGGGAGGGGGUGGGGGCCACCAUGUCAUCAUAUCAGAAGGAACUGGAGAAAUACAGAGACAUAGAUGAAGAUGAGAUCCUAAGGACCUUGAGCCCCGAGGAGCUAGAGCAGCUGGACUGCGAGCUACAGGAGAUGGACCCUGAGAACAUGCUCCUGCCAGCUGGACUAAGACAACGUGACCAGACAAAGAAGAGCCCAACGGGGCCACUGGACCGAGAGGCCCUUUUGCAGUACUUGGAGCAACAGGCACUAGAAGUCAAAGAGCGUGAUGACUUGGUGCCCUUCACAGGCGAGAAGAAGGGGAAACCCUAUAUUCAGCCCAAGAGGGAAAUCCCAGCGGAGGAGCAGAUCACCCUGGAGCCUGAGCUGGAGGAGGCACUGGCACAUGCUACAGAUGCUGAAAUGUGUGACAUUGCAGCAAUUCUGGACAUGUACACACUGAUGAGCAACAAGCAAUACUAUGAUGCCCUCUGCAGUGGAGAAAUCUGCAACACUGAAGGCAUUAGUAGUGUGGUACAGCCUGACAAGUAUAAGCCAGUGCCGGAUGAACCCCCAAAUCCCACAAACAUUGAGGAGAUACUAAAGAGGGUCCGAAGCAAUGACAAGGAGCUGGAGGAGGUGAACCUGAAUAAUAUACAGGACAUCCCAAUACCCAUGCUAAGUGAGCUGUGUGAGGCAAUGAAGGCAAAUACCUAUGUGCGGAGCUUCAGUCUGGUAGCCACGAGGAGUGGUGACCCCAUCGCCAAUGCAGUGGCUGACAUGUUGCGUGAGAAUCGUAGCCUCCAGAGCCUAAACAUCGAAUCCAACUUCAUUAGCAGCACAGGACUCAUGGCUGUGCUGAAGGCAGUUCGGGAAAAUGCCACACUCACUGAGCUCCGUGUAGACAAUCAGCGCCAGUGGCCUGGUGAUGCAGUGGAGAUGGAGAUGGCCACCGUGCUAGAGCAGUGUCCCUCUAUUGUCCGCUUUGGCUACCACUUUACGCAGCAGGGGCCACGAGCUCGGGCAGCCCAGGCCAUGACCCGAAACAAUGAACUACGUCGCCAGCAAAAGAAGAGAUAACACUGCAUUUCCCUUUACCAACUAGAGCUGGGAGCACUGGACACUUAAAUCCUCAUCUGUCCUCCUUUCCUGUAAAUAAAAGCCCUUCUAUCCAU